ACACGGAACAAUGAGACUUGGAACAUGGGAGUGAUAAAAAUAAACAAGAAAUAAAUAACCUCAAAAAUAAAAACGCUGUUCGAAACCAUGCAAAUUUUCUAUGUUAAUUCACUUAAAAUUUGAACGAUUUGAAAAAUCUGUUAUUAUAACUUAUUCAAGUCAUUCAUCCUCAAAUUUCUAAUGAAUUUGAAUAAAAUUUAGAGUGAAUGGAUUAAGUAGGUACCGUAGUCUGUUUUUACUUAGCACUUGAAGCAAGCUUCAUAAACGUGAAUAUGUUCUUGAAAAACAUUUUUAGGUCUGUUUCGGUGGUUAAAGAUAUUUCUCUAAAAACGGAUUUCCUUAGGAAUACACCAGCCUUAUCAGCAAUAGCUCGAGUGCCAUGCCAGUAUUCAACGCAAAUCACACCUAAAGAACAAUCUGAAGUUAAACCGGCAGAGCCUGACUAUGAUGCAAAGCUCAGCGCAGACAUUACAAAGCAACUGAUGCAGUUUUUCGAUGAAAAGGACAACUGGGGUGCACAACGGGUUUACGUCGGUAGAGCCUGGAAAAAGGAAGAGCUACGUCUGAAAAGCAGCACCGACCUACAUAAACUAUGGUAUGUUUUAUUGAAAGAGAAGAAUAUGCUUUUCACAAUGGAACAUGAGUGUAAAUCGCAAAUGAGGAUAUUUCCAAAUCCAGAACGCAUCGAUAAGGUUUUGGAAAGCAUGGAUAACUUGGAAGAAGUGGUUAGAGAACGCAAUAAGGCCUUUCACUUGUUGGAGACUGGAGAAACUGGAGAGAGACCCUUCCAAAUGGUUUUCAACAAAUUGGGGUUGCGAAAUUUCUACAGAAUGUUUGAACACAUAGUUCCCAAGGAAUUGAACGAAAAAUACAAGGAUCAUAUAUUCUUCUACAGCUACAACGAGACUAAAAACUUUGUGAAGCUCUUUAGAGAAAAAUUGUGGGUGAAGAAGAGGAGGUCUAAAUUGCAAGAAAGAAGAUACAUCUUGCAGCUGUUCAAGCGAUUUCCCAACGUUGAUAAAAGCUACUUGAAAGAAUUAUAUCCAGAUCAAGAUAUUGAAAAACUACGACAAAGUAAGUUAACAGCCAGUCACUUACAGCAAAAGGCGAACUGAACGUGGCAUUUAGUUGAAUAUUUUGUUAAUCAAUUUUAUUGUAGAAUUUUCACAAUUUCAAUUACUGUAUUGUAAACAAUAAAACAAAUUAUUUAUGA